AAAAUGGACACAGUCGGAGUCAAAGUGCUGGAAACGGCCGAAGACAUCCAGGAGCGCCGGCAGCAGGUUCUGGACCGGUACCGGCGCUUCAAGGAGCUGUCCAUGGUCCGGCGCCAGAAGCUGGAGGAUUCGUACCGGUUCCAGUUCUUCCGCCGGGACGCUGACGAGUUGGAGAAAUGGAUCCAGGAGAAGCUGCAGAUCGCCUCCGACGAGAACUACAAGGACCCGUCCAACCUGCAGGGGAAGCUGCAGAAGCACCAGGCGUUCGAGGCCGAGGUCCAGGCCAACGCGGCGGCCAUCAUCGAACUGGACAAGACGGGGAACCUGAUGAUCACCGAGGGACACUUCGCCGCCGAGACCAUCCGGAGCCGCCUGGAGGAGCUGCACCGCCUGUGGGACCUGCUGCUGCAGAAGACCAAGGAGAAGGGCAUGCGGCUGCUGCAGGCCCAGAAACUGCUGCAGUACCUGCGGGAGUGUGAAGACGCUCUGGACUGGAUCAGCGACAAGGAGGCCAUCGUGACCUCUGAGGAGCUGGGUCAGGACCUGGAGCACGUGGAGCUCCUGCAGAAGAAGUUUGAGGAGUUCCAGACGGACCUGGCGGCUCAUGAGGAGCGCGUGAACGAGGUGAACCAGCUGGCUGGGAAGCUGAUCCAGGAGGCGCACCCAGAGAACGAGCUGAUCGUCAGGAAGCAGGAGGAGGUGAACGCGGCCUGGCAGCGCCUGAAGGGCCUGGCCCUGCAGAGGCAGACCCGGCUGUUCGGCUCGGCCGAGGUGCAGCGCUUCAACAGGGAUGUGGAUGAGACCAUCAGCUGGAUCAAGGAGAAGGAGCAGCUGAUGGCGUCCGAUGACUUUGGGCGGGACUUGGCCAGCGUUCAGGCUCUGCUGAGGAAACAAGAGGGUCUGGAGCGAGACCUGGCCGCUCUGAAGGACAAGGUGAACACUCUGGGUGGGGACGCCGAGCGCCUGCAGCAGACCCAUCCUCAGAACGCUUCCCAGAUCCACCUGAAGAAAGAUGAACUCAUCACCAACUGGGAGCAGAUCCAGACGCUGGCUGCUGAGCGCCACGCCCGCCUCAACGACUCCUACCAUCUGCAGCGUUUCACCGCUGACUUCAGGGAUCUGACCAGCUGGGUGACAGAGAUGAAGGCUCUGAUCAACGCCGACGAGCUGGCCAACGACGUGGCCGGAGCCGAGGCGCUGCUGGACCGGCACCAGGAGCACAAGGGGGAAAUUGAUGCCCACGAGGACAGCUUCAGGGCCACAGAUGAAGCUGGUCAGGCCCUGCUCACUGCAGGACACUACGCCUCCGAGGAGGUCAAGGAGAAGCUGGGGAUCCUGGCCCAAGAGAAGGAGUCCCUCCUGGAGCUGUGGGAGGUCCGCCGGCAGCAGUACGAACAGUGCAUGGACUUGCAGCUGUUCUACAGGGACACGGAGCAGGUGGACAACUGGAUGAGCAAGCAGGAGGCUUUCCUUCUGAACGAAGACCUGGGAGACUCCCUGGACAGCGUGGAAGCUCUGCUGAAGAAACACGAGGACUUUGAGAAAUCUCUUAGCGCUCAGGAGGAGAAGAUCACGGCCCUGGAUGAAUUUGCCACCAAGCUGAUCCAGAACAGCCACUAUGCUAAGGAGGAUGUGGCAACGCGCAGAGACGCUCUCCUCAACCGCAGGAACGCCCUGCAUGAGCGCGCUCAAGCCCGCCGGGCCGCCCUGGAGGACUCCUUCCACCUGCAGCAGUUCUUCAGGGAUUCUGAUGAGCUGAAGAGUUGGAUCAACGAGAAAAUGAAGACUGCUACAGAUGAGUCCUACAAGGACCCGUCCAACCUGCAGGGGAAGGUGCAGAAACACCAGGCCUUCGAGGCCGAGCUGUCAGCCAAUCAGAGCCGCAUCGACGCCCUGCAGAAGUCUGGCCAGGAGCUGCUGGACAGGAAGCACUACGCCUCCGCUGAGGUCACCGCCCGCAUGGAAGAUGUUAGCGCGCAGUGGAAGAAGCUGCUGGAGGCCACAGAGCUCAAAGGUAUCAAGCUGCGGGAGGCCAACCAGCAGCAGCAGUUCAACAGGAACGUGGAGGACAUUGAGCUCUGGCUCUAUGAGGUCGAAGGUCACUUGGCCUCUGACGACUACGGGAAAGACUUGACGAGCGUCCAGAACCUGCAGAAGAAGCAUGCCCUGCUGGAGGCCGACGUGGCCGCUCACCAGGAUCGGAUCGACGGGAUCACCAUCCAGGCUCGGCAGUUCCAGGAGGCCGGCCACUUUGACGCAGACAACAUCCAGAAGAAGCAGGAGGCUCUGGUGGUUCGCUAUGAAGCUCUACGGGAGCCGAUGGCGGCUCGCAAGCAGAAGCUGUCUGACUCGCUGCGCCUGCAGCAGCUCUUCAGGGACGUGGAGGACGAGGAGACCUGGAUCAGGGAGAAGGAGCCCAUCGCUUCGUCCACCAACAGAGGUAAAGACCUUAUUGGAGUCCAGAACCUGCUGAAGAAGCACCAGGCUCUGCAGGCUGAGAUCACAGGUCAUGAGCCUCGGAUCAAAGCCGUGACCCAGAAAGGAGAGACCAUGGUGGAAGAAGGUCACUUUGCCGGGGAGGAGGUGAAGGCCAAGCUGGGGGAGUUGCAUGGACGUUGGGACACCCUGAAGGGCAAGGCGGGCCAGAGGAGGCAGGACCUGGAGGACUCCCUGCAGGCCCAGCAGUACUUUGCCGACGCCAACGAGGCCGAGUCCUGGAUGAGGGAGAAGGAGCCCAUCGUCGGUAGCCCGGACUACGGGAAGGAUGAGGAUUCAGCUGAGGCACUGCUGAAGAAGCACGAGGCCCUGAUGUCAGACCUGACGGCGUACGGCAGCAGCAUCCAGGCUCUGAAGGAGCAGGCCCAGUCCUGCAGGCAACAAGUGGCUCCGACUGAUGACGAGACUGGGAAGGAGCUGGUUCUGGCUCUGUACGACUAUCAGGAGAAAAGUCCGCGCGAAGUGACUAUGAAGAAGGGGGACAUUCUGACCCUGCUCAACAGCACCAACAAGGACUGGUGGAAGGUGGAGGUGAACGACCGGCAGGGCUUCGUUCCGGCCGCCUAUGUGAAGAAGUUGGACCCGACUCAGUCGUCCUCCAGGGAGAACCUGCUGGACGAGCAUGGCAGCAUCGCAGCUCGACAGGAACAGAUUGAGAACCAGCUGGUCACCAAGGAGCCCUGCAGCGUGUCUGUGCGCAUGAAGCAGGUGGAAGAGCUGUACGGCACGCUGCUGGAGCUGGGGGAGAAGAGGAAGGACAUGCUGGAGAAGAGCUGCAAGAAGUUCAUGCUGUUCCGCGAAUCCAACGAGCUCCAGCAGUGGAUCCACGAGAAGGAGAGCGCCCUGACCAACGAGGAGGUCGGCUCGGACCUGGAGCAGGUCGAGGUUCUGCAGAAGAAGUUCGACGACUUCCAGAAGGACCUGAAGGCCAACGAGUCCCGGCUGAGGGACAUCAACAAGGUGGCGUCGGAGCUGGAGUCUGAAGGCCUGAUGGCGGAGGAGGCUCCCACGCUCCAGGCCCAGCAACAGGAGCUGCUGGGAUCCGCUCUGGGAAAGGACGAGUCCGACUCCAAGACGGCUUCGCCCUGGAAGACCGUACGACUGGGUGUCCAAACAACGGCUAACUUUAAUACCAUCAAGGAGCUGAACAACCGCUGGCGCUCGCUGCAGCAGCUGGCCGAGGACCGCAGCAACAUGCUGGGCAGCGCCCACGAGGUGCAGCGCUUCCACAGGGACGCCGACGAAACCAAGGAGUGGAUCGAGGAGAAGAACCAGGCGCUGAACACGGACAACUACGGCCACGACCUGGCCAGCGUCCAGGCGCUGCAGCGCAAACACGAAGGCUUCGAGAGAGACCUGGCGGCGCUGGGCGAUAAGGUGAAGUCUCUGGGCGAGAUGGCGGAGCGUCUGAUCCAGUCGCACCCGGAGGCUGUGGACGACAUCCAGGAGAAAUGCACGGAGCUGAACACGGCGUGGAGCAGCCUGGUGGGCCGCGCCGACCAGCGCAAGGAGAAGCUGGGCAACUCCCACGACCUGCAGCGCUUCCUGUCCGACUUCAGGGAUCUGAUGUCGUGGAUCAACGGGAUCCGGGGCCUGGUGUCGUCCGAGGAGCUGGCUAAAGACGUGACGGGCGCCGAGGCGCUGCUGGAGCGCCACCAGGAGCACCGGACGGAGAUCGACGCGCGGGCCGGGACCUUCCAGGCCUUCGAGCAGUUCGGCCAGCAGCUGCUGGCGCGCGGCCACUACGCCAGCCCCGACAUCCAGCAGAAGCUGAAGGCUCUGGACCAGGAGCGCGCCGACCUGGAGAAGGCCUGGGUUCAGCGCCGCAUGAUGCUGGACCAGUGCCUGGAGCUGCAGCUCUUCAACCGGGACUGUGAGCAGGCCGAGAACUGGAUGGCGGCGCGGGAAGCCUUCCUGGCCAGCGACGACAAGGGCGACUCGCUGGACAGCGUGGAGGCGCUCAUCAAGAAGCACGAGGACUUCGACAAGGCCAUCAACGUCCAGGAGGAGAAGAUCGCCGCCCUGCAGUCCUUUGCCGACCAGCUGAUCGGAGCCGAUCAUUACGCCAAGCCAGAGAUCUACAACCGCCGCAACGAGGUUCUGGACAGGUGGCGCCGGCUGAAGGCCCAGAUGAUCGAGAAGCGCUCCAAGCUGGGCGAGUCCCAGACGCUGCAGCAGUUCAGUCGGGACGUGGACGAGAUCGAGGCCUGGAUCAGCGAGAAGCUGCAGACCGCCACCGACGAGUCCUACAAGGAUCCCACCAACAUCCAGCUGUCCAAGCUGCUGAGCAAACAUCAGAAGCACCAGGCGUUUGAGGCGGAGCUGCACGCCAACGCCGACCGGAUCAAAGGAGUCAUCGACACGGGGAACGCCCUGAUCCAGAGGGGAGCCUGCGCCGGCAGCGAGGACGCCGUCAAGGCGCGGCUCAACGCUCUGGACGAGCAGUGGCAGUUCCUGGUCAACAAAUCGGCAGAGAAGAGUCAGAAGCUGAAGGAGGCCAACAAGCAGCAGAACUUCAACACCGGCAUCAAGGACUUUGACUUCUGGCUGUCUGAGGUCGAAGCUCUUCUGGCCUCCGAGGAUUACGGCAAAGACCUGGCUUCGGUCAACAACCUGCUGAAGAAGCACCAGCUGCUGGAGGCCGACAUCUCUGCUCACGAGGACCGUCUGAAGGACCUGAACGGCCAGGCCGACAGCCUGAUGGCCAGCAACGCCUUCGACACGUCGCAGGUCAAGGACAAGCGCGACGCCGUCAACGGCCGCUUCGCCAAGAUCAAGAGCAUGGCCGCCGGCCGCCGCGCCAAGCUCAACGAGUCGCACCGCCUGCACCAGUUCUUCCGGGACCUGGACGACGAGGAGUCCUGGAUCAAGGAGAAGAAGCUGUUGGUCGGAUCGGAGGAUUACGGACGUGAUUUGACGGGAGUUCAGAACCUGAGGAAGAAGCAUAAGAGGCUGGAAGCCGAACUGGCAGCGCAUGAGCCGGCUAUCCAGUCUGUGCUGGACACCGGGAAGAAGCUGUCUGACGACAACACCAUCGGUCAGGAGGAGAUCCAGCAGAGGCUGGCCCAGUUCGUGGACCACUGGAAGGAGCUGAAGGAUUUAUCUGGAGCCAGAGGGAAGAGGCUGGAAGAGUCGCUGGAAUACCAGCAGUUUGUGGCGAACGUGGAGGAGGAGGAAGCUUGGAUCAACGAGAAGUUGAACCUGGUUGGGAGCGAGGAUUACGGAGACACGCUGGCGGCGGUGCAGGGCCUGCUGAAGAAACACGAAGCGUUUGAGACGGACUUCACGGUCCACCGGGAUCGGGUCAGCGACGUCUGCGCCAACGGAGAGGAGCUCAUCAAGAAGAACAACCACCAUGUGGACAACAUCAGCGCCAAGAUGGCCGCCCUGAGAGGGAAGGUGUCGGAGCUGGAGCGGGCGGCGGCCCAGAGGAAGGCCAAGCUGGACGAGAACUCGGCCUUCCUGCAGUUCAACUGGAAGGCCGACGUGGUGGAGUCCUGGAUCGGUGAGAAGGAGAACAGCCUGAAGACGGACGACUACGGCAGAGACCUGUCCUCGGUCCAGACGCUGCUCACCAAACAGGAGACGUUUGACGCCGGCCUGCAGGCCUUCCAGCAGGAAGGAAUCACCAACAUCACGGCGCUGAAGGACCAGCUGCUGGCCGCCCAGCACGUCCAGUCCAAGGCCAUCGAGGCGCGGCACGCCGCCCUCAUCAAGCGCUGGAACCAGCUGCUGUCCAACUCGGCGGCGCGGAAGAAGAAGCUGCUGGAGGCGCAGGAACAUUUCCGCAAGGUGGAGGAUCUCUUCCUGACCUUCGCCAAGAAGGCCUCGGCCUUCAACAGCUGGUUCGAGAACGCCGAGGAGGACCUGACCGACCCGGUCCGCUGCAACUCCCUGGAGGAGAUCCGGGCGCUGCGCGAGGCCCACGAGGCGUUCCGCUCGUCGCUGAGCUCGGCCCAAACCGACUUCAACCAGCUGGCCGAGCUGGACCAGCAGAUCAAGAGCUACCAGGUGGCGUCCAACCCCUACACCUGGUUCACCAUGGAGGCCCUGGAGGAGACCUGGAGGAACCUGCAGAAGAUCAUCAAGGAGAGAGAGCUGGAGCUGCAGAAGGAGCAGAGGAGGCAGGAGGAGAACGACAAGCUGCGGCAGGAGUUCGCUCAGCACGCCAACGCCUUCCACCAGUGGCUGCAGGAGACCAGGACGUAUCUUCUGGACGGGUCCUGCAUGGUGGAAGAGUCUGGAACCCUGGAGUCUCAGCUGGAGGCCACCAAGCGGAAGCACCAGGAGAUCCGGGCGAUGCGCAGCCAGCUGAAGAAGAUCGAGGAUCUGGGGGCGGCCAUGGAGGAAGCUCUGAUCCUGGACAACAAAUACACGGAGCACAGCACCGUGGGGCUGGCCCAGCAGUGGGACCAACUGGACCAGCUGGGCAUGAGGAUGCAGCACAACCUGGAGCAGCAGAUCCAGGCCCGAAACACGACCGGCGUGACGGAGGAGGCGCUGAAGGAGUUCAGCAUGAUGUUCAAGCACUUCGACAAGGAGAAGUCGGGCCGCCUGAACCACCAGGAGUUCAAGUCGUGUCUGCGCUCGCUGGGCUACGACCUUCCCAUGGUGGAGGAAGGAGAACCCGACCCGGAGUUUGAGGCCAUCCUGGACACGGUGGACCCCAACCGGGACGGGAACGUGUCGCUGCAGGAGUACAUGGCCUUCAUGAUCAGCCGGGAGACGGAGAACGUCAAGUCGAGCGAGGAGAUCGAGAGCGCCUUCCGGGCGCUGAGCGCCGAGAACAAACCCUACGUCACCAAGGAGGAGCUGUACCAGAACCUGACCAAGGAGCAGGCCGACUACUGCCUCUCGCACAUGAAGCCGUACCUGGACAGCAAGGGCCGCGAGCUGCCGUCGGCGUUUGACUUCGUGGAGUUCACGCGCUCGCUGUUCGUCAACUGAUCCCGCCCCCUUCCCCGGCGGCCAAUCAGAGGCGUUCCCCGCUCACCUUAACACACCUGGCCGAUGCAUGUCUGACUCUAGAGCCGCUCACAGCGUCUGUCCUAUUUAACUGCUUGUAGUGAAACUUUUAAACUGUGUGCUUCAAUAAACGCUACUGGUUACCACUG